AUGUUCAACCCAGCGGAAAUUUGCAUCAGUGUAUUUCCACUUCAUCUUCAGGAGUAUUUCCUUCGCAAGGCAAAUGGUCCACCUUUCCGAAGGGGUGAAGAAUUCCGUUAUGAAGCUGUCAGAUUAUCGACCUUUCGAGAUAUGCCUAAUUCGGUCCCUGUGCCCGCUACGCGCCUUGCACGCGCUGGAUUCUACUAUUCUGGAGAAGGAGAUGAAGUAAUUUGUUUCAGCUGUGGUAGGUGCCUAAGAGAGUGGACCCAUGGAGAAAACCCUGCUGUGCGACAUCGUAAUGUCUCCUCAGAUUGUCCACUUAUGAAUGGAACUGACACGGAGAAUGUUCCCAUUUUCCGAACUGAUGAUCUUGUUUCUAAUGACAACAUAGGGGCUAACGUUGAUCCGUUCCCAAACUUAGCAAAUGCAAGGUCUACACCACUUGGCCAUGGUGACAAUAUACCGUCGCUACUGUCAAGUCAACAGCAACUUUCCAGGUCACUGGGCAUCAGCUUGCGAGAGGUCACCUCCCCGCAGAUCACACCGUUGGACAGAAGCACAAUGACUCUUGCUGGGGUUGCCAGUGGUGUACGCUCUAUCGAGAACAAAUCCGCCCCUACAGCCCCAUCAAAUACAUCACGUCUGCCUACACCGGUCCCUUCACAGAUGAGGAACGAGUCUGACAGGCUGGCGACUUUCGUCAACUGGCCCAGUGGAGCAAGUGUCCGACCAAGAGACUUGGCAAGGGCCGGCUUCUUCUACGUGGGCACGGAGGACCGGGUACAGUGUGCCUUCUGUGAGGGGGUAUUGAGGGAUUGGGAACCAGGAUACCAACCAAUGCAGGAACACCGCAUUUAUCUUUCAACCUGCCCGUUCGUCCUGGGACUGGAAGUUGGGAACAUUCCUCUAGAAGAACCAAGCACAGCUCUUUCCAUUGCUGUUUCAGAACCACACAGUCAGGCUGUUGGGGACAGCACAACAGGAUUAGAAAAUGCCAUUACUGCAGCCACACUGGGGAUAUUAACUGAGAGACCCAGACACGAGAGAUACGCGAUUGAAAGCACCAGAGUUCAGUCUUUUGCUAACUGGCCGCCAUCUUAUACUCUGCGUCCUGAAGAACUCGCUAGGGCCGGGUUCUUCUACGCCGGUUUUGGUGACAAUGUGAAUUGCUUCUUCUGUAACGGAUGGCUGAGGAAUUGGGAACCACAAGACGACCCCUGGGCUGAGCAUGCGCGUUGGUUCCCACGUUGUGGUUUUGUUCGCCAGUGCAAAGGGGAUAAGUUUAUCCGAAUGAUUAAAGAAGGCAAUUCGCCACACAACCUGUCUCAAGCACAAACACAAACACAACAAGGUGUGUCGGGUAGUUAUCACGUAGAACCCCGGGAGUUCAAAGCCAGCCUGGAGACCCCGACAGUGCAAGCCGUCUUAAAUAUGGGUUUCAGUCCAGAUACAGUGCGUCAGGUGAUUGAAAAAAGAUUGCGGAAUGUUGGAGACGAUUUUCCCAGUGCAGCCAGUUUACUAGAUGCCGUUUUUAACAUGGAUUAG